CAGACAGCCGCGAACUUUAUAGCGACGAGAGAUUGUUAUGUCGUAUACUGUUACAUUAUAUCGUUCACGCGAGGUUCGACAUUACCAUUCAACAUGCACUUCUCUGCACUGGUUCUAUUCGCCUCCCAGGCUCCACUCGUACCCGACCACGUUUCUCCUGAGGAAUCAAGCAUCAGCUUCCAUGUCGCAGCUCUGUGGAACCUAAAACACCAGGGAUCGCGUGUCGGAUCGCCGCCGUCUCCACUAAAAUUAACGGCCAGUACAACAGACCCUACAGGACGCGCUGAACUCGCUCUCCAAUCCCUUCAGAUAUGGUACAAUGCUGGUACAGGCUUGUGGGACACCUCCGGAUGGUGGAACAGUGCGAACGCCAUGACAAUGGUAGCCAAUCUCGCAAAAGCCGAUUCCAACGCCCAAGUCAAAGACCUUGCAACCCGUGUCUUCGCAAACACAAUCAUGCAAGCACCUGCCAAGAACCCACAGCCAGGCGUUGAAGGAGAUGCCAACGCUGUACAAACCACAGACGAGCCGUCCAACUCUACAGAAAGUGCAUCCGGCUACUACAAGAGCAUGGGAACCAACGAUGAACCCGUCAGCACAUACCCUGAUGGAUGGAGCCAGAUUGUUGGCGAAUAUGUCGACAUCAAAUCUCUUCCCAUCUUCAGCAAGGCCGGAAUGAUCGGUGCUGCAGCACCUGAUCCCAACCAAUGGUUAGACGGCUUCUACGACGACGACCUGUGGUGGGCCCUAGGAUGGAUCGGCGCGUACGAUGUCACAGGGGAUACUCAGUAUCUCACCCUCGCCGGGGGUAUCUUCAAGGCAGUCACCAAAUCCUGGCCAACGGUGUGCGGUGGCGGAAUCUACUGGAGCUGGGAGCGCGAAUACACAAACGCCAUUGCGAAUGAGCUCUUCCUCAGCACCGCAGCUCAUCUAGCGAACCGGGUCCCAGAAGGCACUGCAGAGGGCCAGAAAGGAUACUACGUCGAUUGGGCCAAGAAGGAACUGGACUGGUUUGUCAACAGCGGCAUGAUCAACGAGCAAGGUACCAUCAACGACGGUCUUGAUUCGAACUGCAAAAACAACAAUAGGACAGCGUGGUCUUACAACCAGGGCGUCAUUCUCAACGGUCUAGUCGAACUUGACCGCGCCUCCCCCGACCCAUCCCACCUCGACCUCGCCAACCGCAUCGCCAAAGCCGCCAUUGAAGAGCUCGCCGACGAAAACGGCGUCAUCCACGAUAAAUGCGGUCCUACCUGCGGGCCCGACGCCUCGCAGUUCAAGGGCAUCUUCGCACGAGGCUUGCAGGCACUCCAGGAGGCUUCGCCAGACCAGCUGUACGAGAACACCAUCAAGGUCAACGCCGACAGCGUGUGGAACAACGACCGCGAUGAAGCUAAUCAAUUGAGCAUCAACUGGGCGGGUCCGUUCAUUGCCCCUGCGAAUGCGACCACGCACAGCAGUGCCAUGGACGUGUUGGUUGCGGCUCUUACGGUAUAA